AUGCCGAGGUCCUCGAGCUCGUCAAGCUCAACACACCAGCGCCAGGCCCUCGCCUGGAUGCAGGACCGCGAGAGCGACGCACACGACAAGCCCGCGGGGCACCCGCGCGGCGGCAUCCUCGCCGAUGACCAGGGCUUCGGCAAGACCCUGUCCGUCAUCUCGCUCAUGAUCACCAACCAGCCCCCGAUGAGGGACGGCGCCACCCGCCCCCCGGCAUGGGGGAACCUCGUCAUCUGCCCGACCUCCAUCAUGCACCAGUGGGCCUCCGAGCUCGACGCCCGCAUCGACGCUCCGUACAAGCCGCGCGUCCUCGUGUAUCAUGGCGCGAAGAGGCCGAAGGAUCCCUACGUCCUGGUCAAGUACGAUGUUAUCGUCACUUCGUACGGCAUGGCGAGGCAGGAGUAUCCAAAGGUGCUGGAGCGCGAUAAGGAUAGGGUGCCUAUCCGCAGACGGAAGAAGGGGCCGCUGUACAGGCUCAAAUGGUUCCGUGUCAUUCUGGACGAGGCUCAGGCUAUCAAGAAUCACCGGGGCGAUACUUUUAGCGCGUGCACGCUGCUCCAGGCUGAUCGACGCUGGUCUUUGAGUGGUACCCCGAUUCAGAACACCGUCGACGACAUCUAUUCUCAGUUUUUGUUUAUUCGAUACUUUCUGGUUGCGGACUAUUCCGAGUGGCGACGGAAGUAUAAAAGGCCGCUUGAGUCUUCGAGGGGUUCCAGAGAGGCGCUCUUUAAACGCUUCCAGGCAACGCUCGGGGUUGUGCUACUGCGGAGAGCGAAGAGUGACAAGAUUGAUGGAAAGCCAGUCAUCGAACUACCAAAGAGAAUCGUCACCCUGCGGGAACUCGAGUUCAGCAAGAUAGAGCGUGACUACUACCAGGCCCAAGAGGACCGAGCCGUCGAAGCUAUGGCGAGAUUUGGCAUCCGAGAGGGAUUUACGACUGCCCUAACCAUUCUCCUGCGUCUGCGGCAAGCAUGUGGGCAUCCAGAUUUGUGUGAUUGGGGUGGAGAUAGGAAUUUUAACUUUUCUGAAGAAGAAUUGGAUGCAGUCGACAGGAGGAUGAUGACCAGCUCUCUUCCUGGGACGGAGGUGCAGCAAACGUGUCCAAUUUGCAUAGAGUUUAUCACUGAAAACGGAGUUGUCACCAAGUGUGGGCACGUGUUUUGCACACCGGAUUUUGAUCAGUGGAACCGUAACAAUGAUAGCUGCCCUAGUUGCCGCGCGGGUCUGGGCGCAGAGAAUGAGAUAAUGUCCCUGGCUGAGACCAAGCCGGCAAAACUCGAGAUCACAAUUGGUGGCAAGCGAAAUCCUGGAGACUCUUUUGACGAGUCGCCAACCAAGCGGCGAUGCAAAGGCGAGAAAAACGCCGUCGCCGUCGACUUCGGCAACGAGAGUUCUGCGAAAAAGGAGCUAAAAUUCGAGGACGUCAUGGAAGAAGGCAAUAGCGAAGAUGCGCUCGAAGACGGGGAAAAGCAACCCUUGUCUUCAACUAAGAUUAUGGCGUUUCUAUCUGAAUAUGACACUAUUCUCAAUGCCACAGAAGACAAGGUUUUGUGCUAUUCUCAGUGGACGAGAAUGUUAGAUCUUGUGGAGGAUGAAGUCCUUCAGCGAGGCCACGAGUACGUGCGCCUAGAUGGAACCAUGUCACCGCACCAGCGAAGUGCGGCGAUUAACACAUUUAACACAAAGGACAAGUGUCGACUAUUUCUGAUCUCCAUGCAGGCUGGGUCGACCGGGCUUAAUCUCACAGCUGCGAACCGAGUAUUUUUGUUGGAUUCGUGGUGGAAUCCAACAGUUGAAGAACAGGCAAUCGAUCGCGCCCAUCGUAUCGGUCAACGAAAAGACGUGGACGUUGUCCGAUUCAAGAUCCAUAAUUCUGUCGAGGAUAAAAUUUUAGCGCUUCAGGAGAGGAAGCGAGAGCUCAUCAAUGGAGCACUAGGUGUGGAAGGGUUGAAGACGAUGGGACGAAGGCGGUUGACGUUCCGAGACGUGAUGAGCCUUUUCACCGAUGUCGCAAGCAACGUAGCUGCCCGUGCUGGGGCUGCCCAGAAUACCGAGUUGCAAAACUUCGCCCACAUCGUGCAGGACGCGCAGCUCGAUAUGGGCUUGUAG